GGACCCGGCGGCGGCCCGGGACGCAGGGAGGGGACCCGCGCUGACACCGAGGGAGGGGCCGCGCCGCCUUCGAGAGUCAUUGGAGGACGCGGCCGCCCGAAGCUGAUAAAUCAGGGGCCAGGUCGCGGCUGUUGGCCAAGUUGGACGCCCCAACCGGUGCGAGGGCCAGGUCCGCGCGGGCCCCGCGAGGCGAAGCGAGGCUACACGCGUGCAGCCAUGGCCUCGCUGCUGGGAGCCUACCCAUGGCCCGAGGGGCUCGAGUGCCCGGCCCUGGACGCCGAGCUGUCGGAUGGGCCGUCGCCACCAGCCGCCCCUCGGCCCCCGGGGGACAAGGGCUCCGAGAGUCGUAUCCGGCGGCCCAUGAACGCCUUCAUGGUUUGGGCCAAGGACGAGAGAAAACGGCUGGCGGUGCAGAACCCGGACCUGCACAACGCGGAGCUCAGCAAGAUGCUGGGAAAGUCAUGGAAGGCGCUGACGCUGUCCCAGAAGAGGCCGUACGUGGACGAGGCGGAGCGGCUGCGCCUGCAGCAUAUGCAGGACUACCCCAACUACAAGUACCGGCCGCGCAGGAAGAAGCAGGCCAAGCGGCUGUGCAAGCGCGUGGACCCCGGCUUCCUCCUGAGCUCCCUCUCGCGAGACCAGAACGUCCUGCCCGAGAAGAGGAGCAGCAGCCGGGGGGCGCUGGGGGAGAAAGAGGACAGGGGUGAGUACUCCCCCAGCACCGCGCUGCCCAGCCUCCGCGGCUGCUACCACGAGGGGCCGGCUGGUGGCGGCGGCACCCCGAGCAGUGUGGACACGUACCCCUACGGGCUGCCCACACCUCCUGAAAUGUCUCCCCUGGACGUGCUGGAGCCGGAGCAGACCUUCUUCUCCUCCCCCUGCCAGGAGGAGCACGGCCACCCCCGCCGCAUCCCCCACCUUCCAGGGCCCCCUUACUCACCGGAGUACGCCCCCAGCCCCCUCCACUGUAGCCACCCCCUGGGCUCCCUGGCCCUUGGCCAGCCCCCCAGCGUCUCCAUGAUGUCCUCUGUAUCCGGCUGUCCCCCAUCUCCUGCCUAUUACUCCCCGGCCACCUACCACCCUCUCCACUCCAACCUCCAAGCCCACCUGGGCCAGCUCUCCCCGCCUCCCGAGCACCCUGGCUUCGAUGCCCUGGAUCAAUUGAGCCAGGUGGAACUCCUGGGGGACAUGGAUCGCAAUGAAUUCGACCAGUAUUUGAACACUCCUGGCCACCCAGACUCCGCCACGGGAGCUGUGGCCCUCAGUGGCCAUGUACCGGUCUCCCAGAUGACAUCAACGGGUCCCACAGAGACCAGCCUCAUCUCCGUCCUGGCUGAUGCCACGGCCACAUACUACAACAGCUACAGUGUGUCUUAGAGCUGGAGGUGCCGUGUCUAUCCAGCCCUCGUACCCUCUUUUUCCUGUGCCCUGAGUGGUGCGGGAGCCGGGCAGCCACACCAGCUUUUCUCCCACUGCUCAGGGCAGGGAAGUCUGGCCUCAGCUGGACUCGGCUUAUCCUUCUUUCCCGUUCAUCACCUUCCCCACAUCCCAGCCCCUGCAGCCCGCAUUUUGAGUAUAUUCCUUCAAGGGAGUUUUCCUCCAGCCCCUGAGAGUUGCUGCCUCCCAGUAGAAUGUUCACGGACCUCUCUUUUUUUGUAGCCAUCUUCGAAACACAUGGUGGGACGUACUUGAUAGCCAAGGUCCCUUCUGCUCCACACUUUUCUGAUUUAGGGUUCUCUCAAGGUUAAUAAAGGAAGAUGGGGAAAUUUGACUCAUUAGUGAGCUCAGUAACGUAUGAUCUGGUGAUAAUUUUGUGUACACAGCCCAGGGACCACGAGGCUUUCUGCACUUCCUGCGCUCCCUUCCAAAAUGACCGCAGAAUGCCAAAGGGACUCAUCCAAUUGGAGAAAACAGAGUCAACCUGAUUUGAGAAAUUAACCAGUAUGGUUAAUUAUAUCAGAGAAAAUGGGAUUGAGUUAAAA